AUAAAAAGCAUCAUACAACGUUUACUCACAGACCAAGAAACGACGUUAAUAAUGAGAUUGUUGUGUGUUUUAGUGAUUUGCAUUCACCUUUCUUCUUCUAAAAGCAUCGACGGAAAUGGGAGUGGUAAUGGGAAAAGUUACUUCUUUAAAAUGAGACAAAACAGCACUGACUUUAUAGUCACCAGUAGGAUUUCUAAUAGAGGUCAGAUUCAGGAAGAUUUCAAAGAACUGCAGGCACCUGUUAUAGUUAAAAGCCGAGCUUAUGAAACUACAGGUCUUGGAAACGAUUCUGACAUGCCAUCUCAAGAGUCUGAAGAUUCUGAUGAAAAAUCCUCCGAAGACGUACCUAUUCACGACAACCCGCAUGAUCUUAUUAUAGAUGCCAACACAACAAUAAUCGAAGGUAGCCUUCCAGACAACAUUCUUGAAUCUAUAAUCCCUGACACGAUAAUUUCAAAUGAUACUCUUAAAACUGCUCAAGAUAUCCAAGAAAAUAUACUUGAAGAUAUUGCUUCUGGACUCAAAGUUGCUAACGAAAGUCUUGUGAGGAAUUUUGAAGAGAUUAAAGAAAGUAUUUUGGAAAGUAUUUCUCCUGGAGUAAAUAUUUCGAACGAAACUGUUGCCGAAGCCGUUGAUGAUCGUUCCUGGAAGAAUUUGAUGGAGCAGAUUUUCAAAGCGCUUGAUCCUAAAGUAGUAGCCGCCUUUAUGGAAAAAGUUACCAAAUUUGGAGAAAAGUGUAUGGCAGAAACGCACGCAACGAGCGACGAUGUUGGUCAAAUAAUGGCCCACCAAAUUCCAGAAAGUCACGAAGGAAAGUGCAUGGUGUCCUGUGUUUACAAAGCAUUCAAAAUCCAAAAUGAAGAUGGAUCCAUGAACCCCGACGAAACUUUGAAGCUCAUGGAGAAGGUUAAAGAAAGUGACGCAGAAUUAUACGAAAAGUUAAUGAAAGUAUUCACAACUUGCCAAGGAAAAAAAGAACUUAUUGUCGAUGAUCCUUGUGUGACAGCUGUCAAUGUGGGAGCGUGCGCGGUGACUGAAGGAAAAGCGGCUGGAAUCACGUCUGAGAUGUUUGGCAUGUAAAUUCAAGAGAAAUUACAAAAAUAAAGCUUACAAUACAAUUUGUUAAUUUGUUUUUUAAAUAAAAAUAUUUUUUAAAUGCAAAUACUUGUUAAUUA